CGACAAUUGAGUGCUCUACAAUCAUUGACGCCAACUUUCUCAUUUGAACUCUUCAUAGAAUGAUCAACUCACUAUUUGUAAUUAAUAAACAAGGAAAGAUAAUUAUUGAGAAGCAUUGGCGUGGCAUCAUUUCAAGACAGAUUGUUGACGUUUUCAACGAUGAAUGUACAAAGUUUAUGAACUCACCUGCUGGAUCGGUGGAUGAGAGAGUUAACGCUAGUAUUCCCCUGAAAGGAGAAACCUACUUUACUCGUGAAGAUGUACCACCAGUUUUGGAAACCAACAAAUAUUGGUUACUGAAUGUUUUACGGAAUGAUUUAACAUGGUUAUGUCCUGUCGAAAGAGAAGUGGAUCCUAUGCUUAUUUUCGAAUUUAUACAUCGUAUUAUGGAUAUCUUGACAGAUUAUUUAGGAGACGUAUCAGAAUCGUCUAUCAGAGAAAAUUUUGUUACAGUAUAUCAGUUAUUUGAAGAAAUGAUGGAUUACGGCUAUCCAUUAACAACUGAGCCCAAUGCAUUAAAGGAAAUAAUCAUGCCGCCGACAAUUAUUAAUAAAGUGAUGACAUCGGUUGGAGCUGCUGCUGGUGUCGCGCCCAAAAUACCUCAAAGCAUGUCUAACAUUCCUUGGAGGAAAGCAGGUGUGAAAUAUACCCAGAAUGAAAUUUAUUUUGAUAUAAUUGAGGAAAUUGAUGCAACUAUAGCAGCAAAUGGCAAUGUAGUGUCUUGUGAGGCCCAUGGUUCUGUUCAAACAAAUUGUAAAUUGUCGGGAAUGCCAGAUUUGACUCUGAGCUUUGUGAAUGCUAGAGUUAUAGAUGAUGUCAGCUUUCAUCCAUGCGUGAGGUAUCGAAAAUGGGAAAGCGAAAAGGUAUUAUCUUUUGUUCCUCCAGACGGCCAAUUCAAGUUAAUGUCUUACAGAGCCUCCUUAUCACCUUAUCAAGCUAUGCCUCUACAAAUUAAACCACAAAUAACAUCCACUAAUAAUGGUGGACGGUUCGAUAUUAAGGUUCAACCUAGAUCCACGGAUGGUAAGCCUAUAGAGAAAGUAGUAUUGACAUUACCAAUGCCAAGAGCAACACAAAGUGUCAAUGCCUCGUGCAACUUUGGGCAAUAUAUGUAUGAUCCUGUCCGCAAAUCGAUCACUUGGGAUAUUGGCAAACUUUCAUUAAAGGAUAUAGCACCGACAUUAUCAGGAACAUUUAGUACAAAUGAAACCAAUCCAGAACUAUCAGGCCUAAACGUAACUUUGGGAUUCCAAAUCAAUAUGUAUGCUGUGUCUGGUCUCAAAGUGGAUAGUCUUCGCUUAUUCCAUGAAGCGUACAAACCGUACAAGGGUGUGAGGAGUAUGACAAAGGCUGGUAAAAUCAUUAUCAGAACAUGAUGAAAAGCCUCAUAAAUUAAUAAGCAGUAAACGUUACUUUCAUAUUCAUGCUCCAUGAAAAGCACGCAGAAAUAAAGGGGCUAAGAAGCCUAUAAUUAUACCAGCUAAAUCAUUUAGAUGAAAAUCUAGUUUCUUAUUACCUACAGUAUAUUGCAAUUACCAUCUUUUUGUCGCAUCGCUCUAUUUGCAUAAAGGUCCUAUUUUCAUCUGCUAUAAAGUCAUACAAUUGUAUUGCUCUGUUUUAGAAAUACGAUAACGCCCUUUCGUAUCUGCACCAUCAUAAAUGAUAUAUCUCAACAAUGU